AUGGUGAAGAUUCGAAAAAACUUCCGCCGAUGGAGAGACCGAGCCGAGCAUUCACGAUCGCAAAAAGAAUUGGAAGAUCAACGCCUUAUCGCAGCGAUCGAUGAUGGUGGAGAUGAUUCAGAAAAGAUUCGCCGUUUUGUACUCCCGGACAGUGUUGUGAUGUCAGCGCCACAGGGUUUAGCUCGAGCCGGAAAACCGGGACGCCAACGACGCAUGGUUGUCGUGAUAAAGAUCAACUUCUUGGUCGGGUGUUGGCGCUUCGAAAAAGAGGCAAAGCGAUUAGCUGCUCAAGAAGCUGUAAGCUAUUCUACUUCCAAUCCGCCGAUUCGUUUCAAUUCUGAUGGAGUGGCGAUUCUGGAGAACGAGGAGAAGAAGCACGAGAUGAUCGAACAAGCUGGUAACUUC